GGAGACAACUUGGUUAAGUUUUUGUUGGGUAAUGCUAACACAUCGACUAAAACGGAAUGACAAAAUGAAAUCAGUGUAUUAAAAAACAAAACAACUACCACCACCAAGCUAAUCAGUAAUUUAGGCUGUUUUUUGAGACUUUCUUUGACCAGAUCGCAGCGACGUUACAUCUCUCGGCUAGCCACUUGUUGAUUAGCAAGCGUUGUUUACAUUUGGCUUGCUAACAUGCUACUAACUCAUUGACAGUCAUGUGUCGUUUAUUCUUGAAAGUGAUCGACAAGUACCACCACGGCCGACAGUUGACCACUGUAAAAAGUUAUGAUCACUUAACUGGUCGUAUGUACUCUUCAGAAUCAAAUGUCAAUGACGAAGAUUAGACACUUGAUGAAUCUGCCAAGACUGCAACUGGUCCACUUGACUUCAUGUCAUCCAUGAAAUGGAUUCUGUUCCUAUGAAGCGAAAAAUGGGUUACGCACGCCAAGAAAAUGCCCGUCUUGCCAUGCAGGAUGUUGAACUCAUCACUGACCUGGAUGCUACACCGUAUGAACUCCUUUCCUCCAGCUCUCAGGGCCACCUGCGGUGCUCCAGUGGGAGAUCUCUUAACAUCUCAGUCAUGAAGGAGCAAAUUGUACAUCUCGAAACAGAAGUGGAGACCAAAGCUAAAGAAGUAAAGGCGGCAGAGCUGAGAGCGGAACGUUGUCAGGAGGAAGCAACUCACAGUGACAUCAUGAUCACAACUCUGACGGAAAAACUAAACACUCUCAGAGAAGAACUGGCAAACAAAAGCGCUUUGACUAAAAGGGCGGAGCAACAAAGAAACCAAGCCCUCGAAAACGCUGAGAAACUCAAAGAAGCUUUCAAAGAGUACAAGGCCACUGUUGCCAUCAAAUUUCAAAAGGUGAUGGAAAAUGAAAUCAAAUUAAAAGACAGUCUGAUUGAGUGUGAUCAAGAAAAAGAAGCGUUAGAACUUCAGUGUACUGCGCUGGAGAGAGAAAAGGCCGAUCAGAGUCAUACAAUCAGCCAGCUAAAGGAAGACGCGAGGCAGGCAAAGACUUUUGCCGCUGAGUGUUCAGAUCUCCAGGCAAAGCUUGAGGAUGCCGGGCGGCGGAGCUCAGACCUCCAGAGGCAGCUGACGGAACGCAACGCUGAAUGCAGGGAGCUGCUUACUCUGCGCAAGGAACUGGAAGAUCUGCGCACUCUGACCAAGAACCAGGAGCUGUGUCUGGCCCACAGCAACAAAGCAACGCAGCAGAGCCAAGCCGAGGCAGCCAGCCUGGAGGCCAUAUUAUCUCUGCUGCAUCUUCGAGAGGAUGCUGUAGGACCAUUGUGUGUCAGGCCCUGCACGCUGCCUCCGGCGGACUAUUCAACAACUGCACAAAUGCUGAAACUGAAACCAGGUGAAGGUUACCAGCAUCUAUUGCAAGUUCUUCAGGUGAAGGAGGCUGAAAGGACUAAACAAUGCAGCCUGGUCGAGAGGCUUCAGGACCGCGUGAACCGAGCUCAGGAGGAAAUUUCCGCCCUGCAAGCUUCCUUGGCCCAAAGAGCUUCCAACUACCAGAAUCUCCAGACGGAGCUGAUGGACAAAGCCAACCAAGCCACGGCCUCAGAGAAAGAAUACAAGAGAAAGAGCGCUCGAGUUGCUGCGCUGGAGAAACAGUUACAGGAGAAAACGUCGGCCUACAGUCAGGCUGCACUGAGGAAUACGGAGCUGGAGAAUCAGCUGCAGGAGAUGAUUGGCACUCUUCAACACUACCAAACACUGAUGAGCAAAAAGCAAAGGGAGUACCAGCAGACUUUGGAAAAGACCAAACAAUCACAAAGUCAGCAAUGCACCGAGCACCAACACAGAAUAGACAUGCUACAGCUGUCUGUGGAGGAGGCUCAUUCUCGAGUCUUAGACAUGGAGCAGGAACUGAGUUGUCUCCAGAGAGAAAGAGAUGAGGCUCAGGCUGCAACUUUACGGCUGCAGACCUCUGUGGAACAGCUCACGCAGGAGAAGCAGAUUGAAGCGAGACACAGCGAGGAGUUGCUCCAGAGUUUAAAAGAGCAGGCAGCCAAGGUGUGUGAGCUCCAGUCGUCUCUGUCAGCGUGCCGAGACCAGCUGACGUGGCAUCUUCAGCAGAUGGAGGAGAUGAAAAAAAGUUACGAGUCCGAGCUGCAGAGAUCCAAAGACCGGGUGUGUUCUCAGCAAGAAAAGCUUCACGGUGUCACUCGGGUGGCUCAGAGUUCCAGUGAGCAAAAUCUGCAGCUUCAGCUUUCUUUGCAGCAGCAGCAGACGAUGCUGAGCGAGAGCACGGCUCGCAUCGCCGAACUGGAGGAGAGCCAAAGUCAGCUGCAGCAACAGGUGUCCACACUUGAGCAUCAGCUGGAGCGAGCUCGAGGGUCUCUGCAGGAUGAGUUGAGGAGCAGACGGGAAGACAAUGUGGAGAAAGACAAGGACCUGCAUGACGUGAAGGAAAAGAACACUAAACUGUCUGAGACACUCAACCAAGCGACAACAGACGCGAAAAAAUACCAAGUGGAGCUCGUGUCCAAAGAGUCGGAGCUGCAGAGUCUGCGGAAAGACGUCACCGUCAAGACAUCUCAGAUCAGCGUCAUGGACAAGAACCUGCAGCAAACAAGGAGCGCGCUUGAAAGCAAGAAUGACUUGGUGGUGGACCUGGAAGAGAAGCUCCAUCGUUGCGAGGCAGACAAGCACAACUGCAUCCAGAAGGUGCAGCUCCUGGAGGGCCAGCUGCAGACGGUGCAGGAGGAGCUGGCCGAGACUUUGACGCAGCUCCACUUGCUUAAAGACGUCUUGCAGAGGACCCAAAGCAUUGCUGACGAGCGGCAAGUGCAGGUGGAAAAACUGAGUAUACGUCUCAGCGAGACCCAGAAGGAGUUGGAAGAGAGGACUCAUGAAGUUUUAGACAUGGACGAUGCAUUGAAAGAAAGACAGGGGGAGCUCCAGCAAAGAGCAACGCUGCUGGGCCAGCUGGAUGUGGCCAUCCGGGAGCACAAGCAGGAGAUGGAGAUCAAGGUGAAGGCACUGCAGCAAAGUCUGGAGGCCAGAGAGGAAGAACUGAGAGACGCUCAGAAGGAGCUCGAGGAGACAAAGGAAUCCCAUCAGCACAGACUUGAGACAUUGCUGCAGGAACUUGAAAAAGCUCAGUGUCACUGUAAAGUUCUCACAUCACAACUGGACGCCAUCAAGCUGCAGGAGAAGGACUUGGUUGAGAAGCUGUGCCAUGCAAAGGAAGAGCUGGCUCUGAAAGAGACACGCUGGCAACGCUGCGAGGUCAGCUUGCAGAACACGCUCGCUUCUUUAGAGCGGGAGCUGGAUCUGGAGCGGGAGCAACAUAACAAGGAGCUGGAGUCCCUGCAGGAGACCCGAGGUCAGCUCCUCAAAGUGUCCUCGCACAUGUCAUCCUCGCAGGAGAAGCUCACCUCUAAACUCCAGCAGCAGGAGAUCCAGCUGGACCAGGCUAAAAGUGAGCUGGAACACGCAAAGAUGGAGUUGGAUCGCACCAAGGCCGAAGCCAGUCAUCUCCAGACUCGGCUAGAGCAGAGCCAGAACGGGCUCCUGCAGACUGAGACUCAGCUGGAGAGGAGCCGGAAUUUGUACGAGAAAGUCAAGGCUCAGAAGAGGCAGCUCCAAGUCCAGCUGGAGCAGCUUAGUGCUCAGUGGAAAGAAGCCAGGGACAAAUCUGCUCAGCGCUGCACUCAGCUUGAAUCCUCUCAGGGGUCCACCGAGACCUCCAGUGAGCUCGAGCAGGAGUCUGAGGUAACUCGUCUCAUCUCUAGUCUGGAGCGAGCAACUGAACGUCACCAUCCAGCUGCGUGCGAUCCAAAUGGCUCAAUGCCAUCCGUCCAUCCCCAAGAGGACUCCUCAUCCUCGCCGUGCCCUCCUUCCUCUCCCACUAGGUAUCCGACAACCACCAUCUCUCCAUCCCUCGCUCCCAGGACUUCCCCUCCCUCCGCAACUGGAACCUCGCCUCCGUCUGAUGCGGGCCUCGAGAUGCUUCUCCAGAGUUGUAGCAACGACCUGUCCUUAGAGCUUCCUCCGAGCCUCAAGGCCACGCUGAGGGAGGCGCUGAGUCAGCAGCCGUGGGAGUCGUCCAACUCGGACUCCGUAGACCACAGCUGGCAGGGACUCAGCAGCACCGAGCCGCCAUCGAGCUGCGAGCUCUCCUUCGACCCCCUCACCUACGUGACGGGAGACACAAGCUCCAGCUCCGAGCGUACUAUCACGGAGGAAGGAGAUAACGAGCGAGUAGGGGCGAGCAGCCCGAACGAGCACAUGAACUCAUUGAAGGGAAUGUUGCGGUUCGUCAAUCGGACUUUAGCCAAUCAGGACGAUCCGUCCUUGUGGAGCUCUGAGGGGUCAUCGCAGAGUGGACCGGACCUUCAGAUGGACACCGGGGAGGCAUGAACAACGUUCCUGUUUAUAUCUUCAACGUAUCUCUUAUAAUGUAAGUUAUUCAAGUAGUGCUGUGUUGAAGUGGUUUUUGUCUGACAGCCUGUGACUGGUGUUUAGAUAGAUUAAAACAUUUGAGUUUUCAUUUUUAAUACUUCAAUAAAUGUUCUUAUUUUUA